UCUAAACGGUCUAGACGUCUAGACGUAGUCGUCGCAUCCCACAAAAUUUGUGGAAAAUGGCACACGCCAUCCUCGUGGCCAAGGAGUUACGUUUCAUGAAACUUUAUUUUGUCUUCUGUUAGCUUUGAACUAUAUAUAUUGUUUAGACUGAAAUCUCAUUGGUUUCGUAUUACAAUGUUUAUAAUGUUGAAGUAAGAACAGUGAUAUAACACAGUUUUUGUAUGUUAGUUGCAUUUUGGUGGUGUGUGCUCUGUGUUGUUUUGGAGUCCACUUUCACAGAAUUCCGUGUAGAAGAAAAUAGUCUUUAAAAAUACAGUUUGCAGAAACAUUCAUUACAAUAUGCCAAAAGGGGCGCAGAAGAAAUUAGUGAAGCAUCCCACAAAGUCAGCAAGACCGAAGGACUCUUCGGAUUCGGAUAGUGCUCCAGAGAACAUGUCUUUCAAUACUGGACGACAGUUAGUAGUGGAGUCAUUGAAGAAUGCUGUAGACAGCAUACAGAGAGAAAAACGUAGAAGCAAGGAAAAACGGAAGCAGAGGUUAGAGAAGUAUAAGCAGCAGAAGGAAGAAAAGUUGAUCCGACUGAAGGAGAAGAGGACGAGUCAGGAAGAUAACUUGUGUAGCAGUUCAGAAGAAUCUGGUUAUGAAGAAGUGGAUGUCUCACCUGCAAAUGAAAGAAGUAAUAGAAAGAAAGGUGUGAAACCAGAAAAGGAGAUUCUAGGUGACCUGCCACGUUCUCAGGUGAGAAGGUUUCACUCAAGUGAUGAAGCAGAACCACAUGAAAGAAAGGAGAAGAAAAGGAAACGUGAGCAGAAAGACAUAGCACAGGAAUUUGGAAACCUGAAGAAACUUCCGGAUGAUGUUUUAGAAUAUUUACCCGAUCAGAUUCCAGUGAAACUGCAGAACAUGGACAGUGAGGCAGUGUCUAAAGAGAGGUCACAUAAGAAACACAAUAAAUCUGGAAGUGUAGAAGUUAAAAGACAAGAUUUCAGGUAUCAGAGUGAUGUUGACUAUAUCCCACUUAGCACUUGUGGAGCAACAGAAUUUGGUGUGAUGCCACUUGACAACUUGAUGAGGGCUCCGAAGUCUAUGGCAGAAAGGGCUGCUGAGUUCAGACAGAAGAUGCUGUUUGGUGACCGCAUCAGAAGAGGGCAAGCAAAUGCACACAUAAUCUACCAGCAGAAGCUGAAGGCAUCAGGAAAGGGCAGACUUGUCAGAUAGAAGUGAGGCAUAUUCCAAGGAGGAGGAGUUGCGUGAAGACAAGUAGCCACUGCUGUAUAACUUUAGUGAGAGAGGGCUGUAAUGUUAAUACUCAUGCGUAUAUUACCUGUGCAGUUGCAGUUUAAUCUGUCUGCAACAUGAAAUAUUUUCCUAUGGUCCAUUCGCGGAGACGAGACAGUUAGCGUAAACAAAGCAAGCCCCACGUCGCCA